AUGUAUCCUUCUCGUGUGAUGAGAAUGCAGCCCUCCCGGGUUCUGUUCUACGCGAACUCCAAGGAGCCUCAUCGUGCUCACACCAUCUCUCAGCGCCUGCGCUCCUUGAAGAAGAUCCCCCCGGAACUCAUCCCUCUUGGCGUGGUUCUUGGUGUCGCUGUUGGUGCCGCUAUUUACUCCAGCACGAAGAAGCUUUUUACCGACAAGACUCUGCGUCUCCACCGCAACUCUCCCCAGGAUCACUAA